AUGGAUGUCUCUGUGAACAUCCCUGUAGCUUCCUCCAUGGAAAGCAUGUCCAAUGAUGACAUGCUAGCCAUUGCCGUGCCUCGAAAUUCGCCUUCCUUCAAGAUCAUGCCAUUGCGCGACGACACGAUGGCAUGUUCUUCGCCUGACCACUCUAUCCUCGGCACGAAGAGGGUGGCGGUUCUCCUUGUUAAGAAGGUGAUGGCCGAGUUCUUGGGGACAUUCAUGCUGAUCUUUAUCCUGCUGUCGGCGGUGGUCACGAACGCGGUGCAUGGUGGCGUGCUGGGCCUGUUGGGUGUGGCGGCGACGGCGGGGCUGGCCAUUGUCGUGAUCGUGUCGGCACUGUUCCACGUGUCCGGGGCUCACCUGAACCCAGCAGUGAGCAUUGCCAUGGCCGUGUUCGGCUACCUCCCGCGUGCCCACCUGGCACCUUACAUGGCCGCGCAGCUCCUGGGCUCGGUCACCGCCUCCCUCGCGGCCAAGGGGAUCUACCACUCAACGAACCUUGGCGCCAUCGCCACCACCGUGCCGACACUAGGCAACAUGGAGGCCUUCUUCAUCGAGUUCAUCACCACCUUCAUCCUCCUCUUCGUUAUCAUCGCCGUCGCGACCGAUCCCAAAGCAGUGAAAGAGCUGGUAGCAGUGGCAGCUGGGGCGGCAGUGAUGAUGAACGCCCUCGUCUCUGCGGAGUCGACCGGAGGGUCCAUGAACCCGGCGAGGACGCUGGGGCCGGCGAUCGCCACUGGGACCUACACCAAGGUCUGGAUCUACAUGCUGGCACCGCCGCUCGGUGCCAUCUCCGGCACCGGGGCCUAUAUUGCCCUCAAGCACUGA